GUCACUUCUUCUCCGUUUCAACUUUUGAAAUUCACCCCUAACCAGUAGGUUCGGUUAGAGAACGUCAGGCUCCGACGCCCAAUCGGUUUAUAUAGGCCUAUAGGGUGGCUCCCCAACCCUCAACACGCAGAACCUGCUAAUCACGCUGCCGUUACUUUGCUUGAGAGUGUUCCAGCAUCUGGGGUUUUGGAUCGGAUUUUUAGUACCCGAAUAGAAUGGCGGAGCAUUCCGAAAACCCUAUCGAGUCGAUGAUGGAGAAGAUAAGCGAGAAGAUCCACGAUCACGACUCGUCGUCAUCCUCGGACUCGGAGUCUGAGAAGCCGGCUUCUCCAUCGUCUGUGAAAGCCAAGAUUUACAGAUUGUUUGGGAGGGAGAGACCUGUCCACAAAGUUCUCGGUGGAGGAGCGCCUGCUGAUGUGUUCUUGUGGAGGAACAAGAAGAUCUCAGCCAGCAUUCUUGGUGGAGCCACUGCAAUAUGGAUCCUUUUUGAAUUGAUUGAAUAUCACCUGCUUACUCUAGUCUGCCACUCGCUGAUCUUUUCGCUUGCAGCUUUGUUCUUGUGGUCCAAUGCCCAUACUUUUAUCAAGAAGACUCCUCCUCGCAUUCCUGAAGUUCAUCUUCCAGAGGAGCCAUUCCUGCAGGUUGCUUCUUCAUUGAGAGUUGAGUUCAAUUGGGCUUUCGCAACUUUGCGGGACAUUGUAUCUGGAAAAGAUUUGAAGAAGUUUCUCAUUGUUAUAGCUGCCUUAUGGGUCCUUUCAGUUGUGGGAAGUUGGUGCAACUUCUUGACAUUGUUUUACAUCUCUUUUGUUUUGCUGCACACGGUACCUGUUCUGUAUGAGAAGUAUGAAGAUAAGAUCGAUCCAUUUGCAGAAAAGGCGAUGAAUGAGAUCAAAAAGCAGUAUGCAGUUUUUGAUGUCAAGGUUCUAAGUAAGAUUCCGAAAGUCCCGUUGAAAUCAAAAACCACUUAGAGAGGAUAUGUAAGUUUUUCCCCCAUAAGAUAAUUGGGUAAUCGAGGGUUUCUGUAAUUGGUGAUAUCUUCGAAUAGCUAUUUCUAGCGUCUUUGAAUUUUAUCAGAGCAAAUUUGUUACAGUAUGGGUUUAAUUCAAUACUAGGUUUCAUUUUUAGCGUUGGUUGUCGGCUUGGAGAAUAGAUGGUGGUUGUCACUAAAUAUCGAACAUAAUUUUUUGUGGGGAUUUUCAUUAUAAGCAUUGAUUGUCUGCUUGGAGAAUAUAGAUGCUCCUAAUAUUUUAUUUCAA